CGCGACGACAAGGUGGGAACACCCGGCAACCUCCCCGCCGUUCUUAUCUCACAUCGAACCACUCGCGCUACAGUGGUACUGUCUAAUAUACCAAGCCAUUCAUUCACCGCACCCCACUUCAGGUCGGGAUCCUUCCGCUACGGAGACGGCCGCUGCAACGUUGCAAGCAGACCUCGCGCCGACCUAGGAGCCCACGGAGUGCUGCCACGAGAACACAGCGAAGAGCAACAUCUCGGAGUGCUUAUAGCUGACAAUCACCAUCUCACCACAACCGGGCAAGAUAGCCCACGCAAGAUGACUGUCCCUAGUCUGCUCGACCGCCUCAACAGAGACGGCUUUGUCGUCGUGUCUUCGAUCCUCACCGAAGACCAACUCACGAAGCUCCGGGACGCUACUCAAAAGGCCACGGCGCUGGCCCGAGCCGGCAAAUGGCCCAAUGUCCGAACUCUUCCGAAGCAGUUUCCUCCGUGGCCAACUGCCACGCCAGAAGCACCACCCCAAGGCAUCUGGGGGGUGCAGAGCAUGAUGCACCCUGAUAUGCCCAACAGCGACAUCUUUGUCCAGACCUACUUCUCGGAUGCCGUCAUAGAGCCUACUAAGCAGCUUCUGCAAUGCAGCGACAACGAUCUCGUAAUGGAAUUGUUCAACCUGCUUGUCCGGCCGGACCAAGACUUCGAGCUCCGGUGGCACAGAGACGACAUUCCGGCGACAGCCACCCCGGAACAAGAGCUGGACCGGCUCAAUAAGCCGGCGUAUUCGGCACAAUGGAAUCUAGCUCUUUACGACGAUAACAGCCUCAUUGUUGUCCCGGGUUCGCACACCAGGGCCAGAACAGACCUCGAGCGCAACGCGGAUCCGUAUGAGAAGGAAAUUCCGAACCAACUGCUCGUCGAGCUGAAGGCGGGCGACAUCGUCUUCUAUAACAACAAUAUCCUGCACCGCGGCGCGUAUGUCGCCAACAAGGAGCGCAUGACACUGCACGGAAGCGCGGGUCACGUCAAGGGCAGCAGCCUCCGAGCACGCAACGUGCUCCAACACGGGCUCAAGGACUGGGUGGACAGGGUCGACCUGGGUGCGUUGGGCGAGAGGGAGAGGGCGAGGGCCAAGAACAUGCGGAGAAUGCUGGUCGAGAUGGGACAUGAAGCGGGGGAAGUGGGAUACUCUCUUGAGGGGUAAGAUAAGAUAUGGACCUUGUUACGAAGCCGACGUGGCCCCGACGCUGGCCGCGGUAAUGCCAGAAAUGCAAGAGUUCCAAGGUCAAGAGUCUUGGGUUU